UUUCUUUUUUUUUUCUUUUUUUUUAUACAUAAUACCUUGUUAUAGAUACUAGUACAUAUGAGUAACGUUAACAAGAAUGAAAUGCUAAACAGUGUAAUGGUGAAUACACCAGUAGAAACAAACUUUACAAGAAACUAUGUUGCUAUUGAUCCUAAUAAACAAUCAACCAAUUUGAAAACCCCAAUUUUAAAGAAACCCCCAACUCAUAGUAGUGAGGCACCUAUUAUAAAAGAUGUAGGGACUUGGACACCUUCAAGGAAAAAAUCAAUCAGUUGUCAAAAAACAAGCAAUAGUAAUAAUAAGUUUUAUACUUCCCCAGUAACUCAGCUAAGUCAUGAUGAGAAAAUGUUGUCAGCAACAACAAACAAGCAUGUAUUGCCGUCCUUUGAACCUGUCAACAAAGUGACAGAACUCAAUUCUUACGAUAACAAUAUCACGGAUAUAGAUGAUCCGAUUGAAUUACCAUGGCAACAAUAUGCUUCUCAUCUUGAUUUACAUUCUAUUACGAAUAACUUGGUAUUAUGCACAUCAAUGAGUGAUAAGAAUGAUUAUCAAGCUAUGUUACACGAGUUAGAUCUGUCUCAUGCUACCAUUAUGGCAUCCAAAUUCAAGACUCUAAAUUUUAUGGAAGCAAAUGAAUUAGUUGAAAAAUGUAAUAAGAUGCAAAUAGAUCUAAACACUUUAUAUGAACAUCUUCGACUCCAAAUAGAUAUACAAAGAGCUGCAGCAAUAUCAUUUACAAUAACAGAUAAUAAUAAUACGAGAAUGUCCAAAGACUUUGCAUAUAGUUUAUUUCAGUCAACACAAAAGACAGCAUCUUUAAUAGAUGAAUUCUAUUUUACAAGUCAACGAUUACGAUAUCAAGAAGCGAGUCAUUUAGAACAUACCGCUGGCGUCUUGGCUAAAUAUCUUUAUCAACAACAGCCUUUUAAUACAACAACAACAAUAGAAUACAACAAGCACCUAAAAUCAAUACUCUUUAAACUUGAAAAUAUCUCUCAAGACCUGUUGGAGAAUAAUAUACCGAUUAUUAAAAAAUUACCAUCUACCUCAUCACUUUCAACUGCAACUACCCAUAGUGCUUCAUCAUCUGAUCUAUCCUAUCAAAGUGGGGCAUCUACCCUGGUAUCCAUGUCGAUUGAAGAAAAGAUAAAUCAGGUGAUAGACAGAUUAAGUCAACAGUACCAAAAACAGAAAGAAGAAUUGAUUCGAUUUCAUGAGCUUCAACAAUCGAAUCAUCAUGAGUCUGAAGACAGUCAGGCUUCGAAAAGAUAUCAAGCAACAAUCGAACAACAGGAGGCUAAAAUAAAGGAACUCAAGAACCAAUUGAGGUGUGAGACAGGGCAUCGACAGUCCUUGCAAGAUCAAGUUAGUUCCCUGGAACAUGAUUUAAAAGCAAAGGAUGAUGAACUGGAGAAAUUAAAAGGAAAACUAAAUGAACCGUUACUAGAGGAUGCACUGGCAAAGCAAAAGGAAGAAUAUGAGCAACGAAUUGCACUAUCACAAAAUGAAAUAAACACGGCCAAUAAGGAAUUGAAAGAUGAAUUAAAUGAAAUGAAAACACUCUGGGCUUCUGUUGAACGCAUUGUUUUAGUAGGCCAAGACGAUCAUAAUAGAACAGUAAAGAGUGUGCUAGAAGAUUGGCAGAGAAAGCAAUUAGAGGAUGCAAAGAGAAUUCAAACUCUUGAAGAAAAACUAAAAUUAUUAGAAACAAAGAAAGGAAAAGAAGAAGAAGAGGUGAUGACUACUAAAAAUAGUGAUAAUGCAGAACUAUUAUUAAGAAAAGAAUUGGAAGAUGUAAAGAAAGCAUUCAAGGAAGCGCAAGAAUCAUAUACAACACGAGAAGCAGCUAUGAUACUUCAAUCAGCAAGUGUAGAAGCAGAAUUGGAGCGUAUCUUAAAGGAAUAUGAUCGUUUGACACGAAAUAUUACAGACUUUAAUCUUGAACGCAAAGUAUUUGAAGAUGAAAUCAUGAAACUACAGCAAGAAAAGGAGAAAAUAAAAAAGGAAUUAUAUGAUGCUCAAGUGUGUCAAUUGAGUAAUAAUAGUGAUAAUAAUAAUAAUGGCAAUUUACGAAAGGAAUUUAGAGAUUUGGUAGCUAAUAUUAAAGAAAAACAUGAAGAAGAGAUAAAGAAUGAAAUAGAGCGUCGUAGGCGAUUAGAACAAGAAUUAAGGGACGUCAAAGCAGAUGAAGAAAUGAAACGAUGGGAAAGGGUAAAUACAUCAGUGCAAACUGACUUUAAUGCAUACCAAGACAUGUUUCCAUAAAAUUAUGUAUAUGUAUAUAGAGUGUGUGUGUGUGUG